GAUAAUUUCGAGGUACGUGUUGGCGACUCGAGGUGUUUAAACUCAAAUAUUUUUUCAGUGCAAAUUGUGAAAAUUCAAAGUAAUCAUAUAAAAUCAAGUGAGUGAUGGAACGAAGAAAGGACUCAAUUAGGGUAAAAGAAGAACCAUAUGAUGCAUUGUCGAGUGCAGACGAUAAGCUUAUUUUCGACUCGGUGGACUUUUGCGAAGUCAAAAACUUAGAUACAUUCAAUGUCUAUCAAUCAACAGUAAAUCAUAUAAAUGAGGUAAUGGCAUCACAGGAAAAGUUAGAUGAAAAAGUUUUUAUAGAUUUGGAAUGCAAGUAUGUUAAAUCUGAAUCGACGUCUCUUUCGACAAACAUACUCAAAACUGAAUAUCAAAAUGAUUCACCUAUUGUAAAAACAGAAAGACAAAUUCAGAUAAAUGAGUUGAUUAGAAAAAGGCUAAUAAUUUUGAUAAGAAAAGAAUUCGAUUACGAUAAUGACCGUCAUUUUCAAGUAAAUUCUCGAUUGAAAAUUCAUGAAUAUAAAAAGGUUGAAGUAUUAAAAAAAAAUAUUUGUACAACUCAAAAAACAUAUAAACUAGAAGCUAGUUUGGAAAAACAUAUCCACAAGACAUAUAAAAGCACUCGACCAUAUGAAUGUAAAAUUUUUCCCAAAUCAUUUGUGCAAAAAAGUCACCUUCAUUCUUCUUAUAUAAAAUCAAUCCAUACUCGGAGUAGACUCUUCGAAUGUGUCAUUUGUCGUAAAUCGUUUCAACAUAAGCAAAGCAUGAAAAGACACAUAGUGACAGUGCAUUAUCAAAGUAAACCCUUCGAGUGUGACAUUUGCCACAAAUCAUUUGCAUACAAACAUCACCUAAAAGAUCACGUAAAGACAGUACAUAUUCGUAGCAAACCCUUUGGGUGUGAGAUUUGUCACAAAUCAUUUGGACUCAAACACCGCCUAAAAGAUCACAUAAAUACAAGUUACCUCAGUACUCAUAUAAAUGCAGUACACAAUAAUGACAAACCUUUUGAAUGUGAGAUUUGUCAUAAAUCAUUUGGAUACAAGUGUAUCCUCAACAAACACAUAAGGGCGGUACACAAUCAAAGCAAAUCCUUCGAGUGUGACAUUUGUCACAAAUCAUUUGGACUCAAACAUCACCUCGAAUAUCACAUAAAUGGAGUACAUAUUCGGAGUAAACCCUUCGAAUGUGAAAUUUGUCGCAAAUCAUUUGGAUAUAAGAAUAACCUCAGUACUCAUAAAUGCAGUACACAAUCAUGA